UAAAACAGUCUUCAAAAUUAUGCUGAAUUUUAUAUGGCUGAACACAGGAAAGGGUCGAGAGCAGCUGGCGAACAGCAGAGUCCUCUGUUAUUUAAAUUUUAAUUCAAAGCUGGGUUGAUUUUUGUUUAUCACAACCAGUACAAAAUCAAUGGACAGAGGACGGGAGAGAAGUAGAAAUACAACACACGAAGAGAAAAAUGGUGCACGAGUUUCAAGGGGAAAGUCUGCUUGACGCCAUCUUGAUAUGUGGCUUUCAUCAUCGCAAUUGUGUGAUAGAAUCAAAGCAAGACUGUCGUCAAAAGAUUAAUUUGGUGUAAAAGAAUAAUGUCUUUCUCACUUGGUUGAAUUCUUCACAAGUUAGAGUUAGAGCCGAACGUUUAAGCUUUUUUCUACGAAACUUGGUGGCACAACAAUUCAAUAUGGCGGUUCAGGCAACUACAAUGAUGGCCGGGACACGGCGAGCAAGUCAUGUCACAAAAGACUGGAUAAACAACGUAGCUCAACCCACAGUUGGCGACGAAAAGAUUGUCAUCAUAAACAUCGGAGGGAAAAAGUUCGAAACCUAUGAACAUACACUCGACCAGUUCCCAAACACUCUCUUAGGAUCUUGCGAGCGAAGAAAAACCUACUUUGACAGCAAGAAAAAGGAAUACUUUUUCGAACGACAUCGUAGUUCGUUCACAGCUAUUUUAUAUUAUUACCAAUCCAGUGGAAUCCUGGAAAGACCCCUGAAUGUUCCAGAACACAUCUUUUUGGAAGAGAUAGAGUUUUUCGAGUUGACAGACGUGAUUCAGAAGCGGAAUGAGUCGGAAACGAAAAAACAGCUUGAGGAGAACAGUGACAGCAACGAAGAGUUGCCCCACAACAAGUUUUUAAAGACAAUUUGGGUCACAUUCGAAAACCCAAACUCCUCGACUUUUUCCAAAUGCUUGGCUGUUUUUUCUCUUUGUAUCAUUGUUCUCUCGAUUGGUGUUUUCUGUGUUGAAACUUUGCCCUCAUUGGAUGAUUCUAAGCCAAUCACAAAGGUUUAUCCCAACGGCACGAAAACUACAAGCCCGGGGAAAAAAGCCAAUGCGCGCGUGUUCUUUGGAUUGAAUGCGUUCUGUACAACUUGGUUUACUCUUGAGCUGAUCAUAAGGUUCCUAGUUUCUCCUAAUAAGAUUCGCUUCGUCAAAGCUUUUCUGAACAUUUUGGACCUGUUGUCUAUCUUACCAUUCUACAUAACAUUGGCAUUGUCAGGACACGCUGGAGGUGUUGGGGUAUUGCGCGUUAUGCGUGUUAUCCGAGUGGCUCGUAUUUUCAAGCUCUCUCGCCACUCGCGAGGGCUCUACAUCUUGGGCAAAACACUGCAUUCUAGUCUUAAUGAGCUUAUUAUGCUCUUCUUGUUUCUACUGAUGGGAGUCAUUCUGUUCGCUAGUGCCGCGUACUACGCUGAACACCAAGAGAAUAGAAUUAUGUUUGAAAGUAUUCCUCAUAGCUUUUGGUGGGCGGUGGUUACCAUGACGACUGUAGGGUAUGGAGACAUAGCACCAAUCACGCUAUCAGGUAAACUUGUUGGUACUCUGUGCGCUCUGUCUGGUGUGUUAGCAAUAGCUCUACCGGUCCCCGUCAUCGUCUCCAACUUCGAGUACUACUAUAAAGAAGAAAUGAACAGAAAAGAACGAGAGGAGAGACUGAGAAACAAAAACGAAAAAGAAGAUGCACUAGCUGGCACGCCCACCGAGAGAACGAUUUCUUAUCGGAGUUUGAAUCAGUUCGUGCCGAAGUCACCGUUUCUCGAACGAAAAUUACUAGAAAGGGAACUACGGUCUGCGCACUCGACGCCAGAUCCCCUGCGUCGAAGGGAUUUCUCGCACUACUCGCCGGCCGCGGUCCAUAAGAAGAAUGGAGCGAUGAAAAUAAAACCACGUGAUGCUAUUAAGGAAGUAGAUGAAAUCAGCGAGGACGAUCAUACGGACAGCGGUCGUCCCCAGAGGACUGAAACUAAUAUUUAAAGAAUUCGAAAAAACCAACAUUUUCAAUUAUUUCAAAUUUGAUACUUUUGCAGCGAGGAAGCUUGGACUUAAAUUAAGGCUAGUACUAGUGGCCGUUAAAUCAAAAAUUUUCUAUGAAUUUCAAAUCAAUUAAUAAUGAUUAUUAGUCGAACAGCUGGCUGUGGUGGGCAUUAAAUGAGAACAAACGUAAAAUAUCGACAGUUGGUCGCCCUGUGUUUUGGAAAGUCGUGAAAGACUAAAAACUGGCUUUGAAAAUGAACAGACAGAGCUCAGAGACUCCAUAUUUGAUAGCAUGCAAAAAUCAAGGACACAACUAGGCAAAAUCCGUCUAAGGCAAUGGCCCUAUUUCACUAUGACGUCACAUCAAAACAAUAUAUUGUUUAAACGCAAAGGAUCAUGGUCGUCGGACGGGGUCAAAUCAACGCAAAUUCACCGAAAAUUGUUCUAAAACCUGUA